AUGGCGCGUAAGAGAGGCGACGUUGUAUUGGUGACAGGUUCAACCGGUUUUCUGGGGCAACACGUGUUGAAACAGCUACAGCAAGAUGUAACAGUGUCAGAAAUUCGGGGGUUGGACAAAGUUGCUCUUCGAGACUAUUCAAUCGUUGGAUCUGGUGGAAUUAAACGUUCUUCCAAGUUUAAACAUUUCAUCAACGAUUUGUUGGAUGUUGAGAGCUGUCGCGAUGCUUUCAUAAAUACUGACGUUGUUAUUCAUUGUGCUGGAUUAGUGUCUUACGAAUUUCCUCCGAAUUAUGGGAAAUUGCAAAGAAAUAAUGUGGAUGUUACAGAAAACGUGGUGAAGCUCUGUAUAGAACAGAACGUGCAACGAUUGAUCUAUUGUAGCACCACAGAGGUCACAUUAAGAUCGUAUAUCAAAGGUGGAAUUGUAGCAAUGGUAAUUUAUGAAAAAGAAUCUAAACUAGGGACUCCAGAUGAGAAUAGAUUGAUGAUGGGGGCGUAUGCUGUAUCGAAAUUAAGAGCUGAAAAGAUCGUCUUGAAAGCCAAUGGAAAACUUCUCCGUAAUGGAACAGAAAAAUUAAAAACAGUCUCCAUAAGACCAACACUACUUUAUGGAGAAGGAGACACGAAAUUCAUUUCUAGAGUUCUAAAAUAUGGAAAGUCACGAGGAAAUAUUUUGCCCAGAUUAGCUGGGAAGGGCGGAAAGCAGCAAAUGACUUACGUAGGUAAUGCAGCAUGGGGCUUAAUUUGUGCUAAGAAUACUCUUCGUGAUCGACCGGAUUGCAUCGCUGGCCUUCCAAUCACAAUAACCGAUGACAAUGAAGUGAAUGAUAUCGCCAGAUUCUGUGAGAGGAUCACCAAAGACAGUGACUGCUACGUCAAACGAUCGUCCUGGUGUAUUCCCCUCCCUGUUUCCUACUUAAUUGCUCUUCUUGUCGAAUUCAUCAUGAGUGUCAGUAAUAGGUUUAUCGGGAGAUUACCAGUAUCACCAACUAGCUUGAUAGCAUAUGUGGGAUCUGUAUUUUUGUAUGAUCGAUCGAGGGCUUCGAUUCAUUUGGACUAUUCUCCCAUCUAUUCUCCUGAUGAUUCGAUGGAAUUGUCAAGAAAAUAUUAUCAAUCGCUUUUGACACAUUAAAAAUCUAUUUUGAUGGAAUUGAGGACAUUUGAUGAAAUAAUUAUGAAAAUUAAACCAUUCUGUUCUAUUUUUAUUUGAUCAUCGAUUUUUUAUACUUGUAAUUUUUUUAAUUUAAGGCCCGGCUCCAUUAUCUUUCGAACGUUAUCUAAGUUCAGUUUUUUGAGAGUAAAUUAUUCAAAUAUUCAGAGUUCAUAUGGAUUUCCUAUCAGGAGCUUACGCAGUGAGACCAUUUCCCAACCAAUUAUUCAAAUGGCGCAAUAAGAUUACCAAAUAAUUAUUGUAGCUUUGUUGGACUAAUUAGAAAAUGACUGAACAACUACAUAAAUUCGAAAAUGGAAAUGUAAUUCUUUAUUAUAAAACUGAAAGUAAUUGUAAGACAUUCUCAAUAAAUUCAAUGAAACAUG